ACGCUACACCGGCUUGUUGCCAUAAAAAACAUAAGCAUGGAAGUAUACACUUUUGAAAAAUCAUUUUUGGAGCGCCUCAAAGAAGCCGAGGCAGUGUUGUCCUGGGAUGGGGCCGUGAUGCCCGCCUCCCAAGUGCGAUCCGAGUGGAAAUCCUUUGUUGAGCUUCAGAUUGAACCAGCAGGUUGGCAGGCGAUCUGGAAAAUACCUCGCGUCAUCUGCGAGGAUCUCAAGCUACGAUAUCCAACCAUUGUCUAUGGGUAUGUUGAGCAGGUCAUAUUUGACGAGCUGAAGGCGGUGUUUGUGGUCACAGCCGUGCAGGAUAAUGAUGUUCACUUGCCGGAGAGCAACGAGGUGUCCUUGAUCGAGCUGUGGCCCACCAUCAAGCAGGAGAACGAAGCCCUAAAUGUGGACACCACUGCAGAGUGCAUUGAUCGCCUGCGCUUCUUUUACUGUCACGUCUGGAUGCCGUGGGACAAGGACUAUGAUGACGAUCGCGAUUGGGUGCAGAUGCACUUGCAGGCUCGCAUUCAGUUGGCCUGUGAUCUGAGCAAGAAUAAGCUGUCUCGCCCUCUGGCUUUGCACAUGCGCACGCUCCUGAUGGAGGCCAAGUAUAUACAGCAACGUCUGGAGUAUUUGGAACUAGAUCUGAGCGAUGCCGAGGUCGAGAGCGAUGACGAGGCCGUCGAGCUGAAUGACAAUGCCGCCGAGCCGGCAAGGAAGCAGCCCAAGCCAGGCAGCGCCAACGGCAGCUUGAAUGUAUCCACAUUGCCCGUCACGGAUCUGAUGUGCCUUCACCUGCGUAUGGCCAUUAUUCGCAGUGAAUUUGAGAUUCUGGAGAAUCCCGAAAUGAGGCGUGCCUACAGUGAGCUGCAGUCGAACUCCCUGAAGCGUCAUCUCUUGCAGCGAAGCGUGGGAAGGCUGACGGAGCUUCCUCUAACGGAGCGUACUCCCAUUUGCCAUGUGGUCACAGUUCCGGGCAAGCUACAGCAGCAGAUGGACUUGCUGACGCUGGCCAAGGAGCAAGUGAAACCGGACACGCAGGUUCAGUUGGCCAACACCUUGCAGGAUGUUCUGAGCAUAUGCCGGAGCGACGAUGAUAUUUUGCUCUCACCCGGCGAGCAUACAAUCAAAUUCCUCGAACACCUCAACAACAAUGGCAGCCUCAAGGGGCUUGUUAAGUCCGAGGCCAUAUUGGUUGCCGAACCACAGCUCCCAAACUUGCCUGUAGUGUGCUCCAGCGAUGAGGAGAGCACUCUUCUCGUCAUCGAUGGGAACUACACGCUCUCGCACCUAGUUCUCGACUGCCGUCAUGUGCGCAGGGGCAUUCUGCUGCGCAGUGGAACGCUCACCGUGCGCGGGUGUCGUCUGCUGGGCGACGGCAACGCCAGCACUCAAGAAGGCAUUGUUUGCAUGCCGAAUGCCAGCGUAGAGAUGCGUGGCUGCAUCAUUGAGAACUUUGCCGUGGGCAUUUCGAUGCGGCCUCGCUCCAGCGCAGAGUUGGGCAAUGUUCAAGUGAAGAGCUGCAAUACAGGAGUGGAGCUGCUGGACAAGACAGUUUCGUUGAAUCUACAGGGUAGCAAAUGUAGCUUUGACAACUGCAAAAUAGGUAUAAUGGCUGAUAACUUGGCCUUGCCUGGAAAAGACGAUAAGGUGCUGGUCCUAAGGCAAUACAGCGAACUAAAGCGCUACAACGACAACAAUUGGCUGGGAAACUGCAAUUUCAUGGAUUGCACAAAAAAUGUGCGAGUUUUCAAUAAAUCUGAUCAGCUGCUGGCUCAGCAUUCUCAGCAACGUCUCCUAGACGAUGAGCUGGAGGGCGAAAACAAAGAGAACAUUGAUACUGCUUAAGGACAACUAAUGCUUAUCACAAUCAAACUCGGUUUACGUUAAUAAAUUCUAUAAUAAAUAAAAAAGCACAAUUAAAUAUA